AUGGCGGGGCCGGGCAGCGACGGGGACCUGCGGCACCUGCUGAAGCUGCACCGCACCGAGAUCGCCAUGGCAGUGGACGACGUCUUCCCACUGCUGCAUGGCCUGGCUGACCACGAUGUCGUUCCUGACCACAUCUUCAAGGAGACGCUGAGCCGGACGGAGCGGGAGGGCUCCCACCGCGCUUUCCACGCCCUGCUCACCUGGCUGCUGGGCCGCGACGCUGCCGCAGUCCGCGACUUCUGGGCCGUCCUCUUCAAGGAAUACAACCUGGAGCGGUACUCCAGGCUCCGGCCUCUCCGCGGCUCCUUCCCCAGAGAGGUGGAGCUGGGGCGGCAGCGCCGUGGAAGGCGUUUCUCCCCGAGCCCCACAGCACCGGCCCCACACAGACCCCAAGGCAAGAGGAAAGCCCCUGAGGAGCGGGACAAGGCCCGGGCAGCACAGUCCGCUCCACGGCACAGCGCCAGUACUGUGCCCCCUGACGCCCAUCCUCACAAUGCUGCAGGGCCCCUGGUGAAGGCAAAGACUGUGAAGAAGCCGGAGGGCACAGAUACCCCCCGCACUUCUCGUGCCAGCGCUCUCCAGGCAGUGGCUGCUUCGGUGCAGAGGGCAGUGGCUGUGGCAGGUGGUGAGGUGCCAGUCAGCCGUGGGGCCAUCGAGGGCAUCCUCAUUAAACAUGUGCUGGAUCCAUGCAGCUCCAAGACAGUCAGCAGAGCUGGGGAUGAGCCAUAUAACCCGGCUGCCUGCGAGGAGUCAAAGGCCAGGAGCAGAAGCCACAGCCUGAAGCCCCCUGCCCAGCCCAAGGCAUGCCAAAGUAACAGGGAACCCCAACUGCACCCCCAGGGCCAGCUGCCAGCAGCCACUGUGUUCAGCCAGGACCCUGUGCCGCAGCAGGAGAAUGAGGAUGAGUGUGCAGCAUGCGGUGAUGGUGGUGAGCUCAUCUGCUGUGACGGCUGCCCCAGGGCCUUUCACCUUGCCUGCCUGGUGCCCCCACUGCCCCAUGUCCCCAGCGGGACAUGGCGAUGUGGCUCCUGUGUGGAGAACGUGACUGAACCAGGCCAGCUGCUGGAGGCAGACUUGCCUGUGGAGAGACCCCCCGAGAUCCUGGGAGAAGCGACACGGGACACCCAGCUGGGUGGAGUUGAGGGAAGCAUCUGCAGCCGCUGCUGCACCCAGAUCCCCACUGGCCGACACUGUCCUGCUCCCAGUGGGGACCCCAGGGGGCUGCUGCUGUGCACAUCCUGCAUGGGCACCCUGGACACAGGUGGCGUGGGCACCACCUCAGCAGCUGGAGACCAACUGCUUCCAGCAGCCAAGGCAGAGGACAGAGCCCUCGGCAGUGACACUGUGCUGAGCCGGGAUGAGCUCGAUGCGCUGCUAGGUGAGAGCACGUGGGAUGGGAUCUUGCAGUGGGCGUUCCAGACCAUGGCACGGCCGCUCACAGAAACACAGGGACUCCUUGCCUAG